GUUUAGCAGAGUUUCGUUUAUCUGCGUUUAUCCCUCGGAAUUGUAAACUGUUUUCCAGUUUCACGAUUUUCGUAUUUGGUACGCAUUUGCCAUGUAUCGGGAAUAGUUUUUGUUUACAUGUGGGCUAUCUUAAAUAAGAAACCUGCGACCAGCUGAGUGUUUCUUGCAGAUUAUAAAACUAUCAGCGUCAAUGCAAAGUAAAAUUUACAUUUGUCAUGGCAUCGAACCAACAGUGGACACUUCCCAAAAAACCCACUGGAGUAAAAAAAAAUUUAAAGGAACAUCAACAAUCAAUUCUUAAUGAUGUCACUGAAAUGUUUGGCUCCACGUUAGAGAAUGAUGUUAUUUUGUCAGUUGUACGAAAGUGUAACUGGAAGUUGCAAUCGUCGAUCGAUACUUUGAUAGCUUUGUCUGCGAAAGUAGAAACCUCGGGACCCAAUAGCAAUAAGAAUUUUAACAAACCAAAUACAACGCUCUCGCAUCGUAUAAGAAAUCAAUUAGAUGAAUCAACUGUAAAUAUCCGAGAUGCGAAUCGAACAAAGUGGGAUCUAUCUAAUCUGAAUGAGGAUUUUACAUUGUUUAAUAUGAACGACAAUGAAGUGUACAGGCAACAAGAGGAAUUUCGAAAAUUUGAGCAACUGAAGAAUGAUUUGUCUCAAAAAAGACUCGAAACGAACUAUGAAAAUAUGACGAGAUUCAAUUGUACAGUGAAUAAUAAAGUCACACCCAGCAAGUUGCAGCAAUUCAAACAGAGCUGGUCAAAGUCGCCUCAAUUACCUCCCACGUGUAAUAAUUUACAAGAAACUGUGUUGCAAGAUGGUAGACAGCAAAAUACCAUUUUGAAUAAGCCAAAUGUUCACAGAAACACACCAAAACAAAAUUACAAUCCCGAAGUAUCUCCAUUUUAUCCUAGCACAGACCGCAUACAAAAUAAACUUUAUAGAAAAGGGAUAGUUCCUAAGAAUCUUCCUGUAAAACAAAGGAACAAUAAAAGCAUGGAUAAGGGAAUUCAAAAUGCUGAAGGCAAUGGGCAUGUACAACCGAUACCGAUACCAUUACCAUAUCAGAGAAAAUUGAAGAAUCGGAACGAUUCCCAACUGUACAAUGUAUUUGACGUGGAACAAAGAAAUCGAACUCAAGAUUUGCCAAAACCAUCUACAGACAUUAUCAACUCCCAACAGCUCGCUAUAUUUGACAGUAGCACGACUAUACACAAGUCUGAGACCGAGUCGUUAUGUGGUUUAAAGGUACAGUAUCGAAUUCAUGGCCUGGAGAAUAGUUCGGAUGACGAUGCCGAUGUAGUCAUCGAAGAGAAACCCUCGGAUUACAAUAUUCUUCCACCACCAAUAAUUCCAUCUAUGUCAAUCGCUCCACCCUGUCAAUCGUUUGCUUCUGUCACUCGAUAUCCUGCCAAAUGUCAGUCCCCAAAGGUACGUCCUGUAUAUCCACGUUUACCCCCUAAGACCCCACAAAAGAAUGCAUACGACCUCACCAUCAACAGAAUUGAAACUAACAUUCGACAGGGAUAUAAAAUUCUAAUUUUGCUGAGAGGCCUGCCAGGAAGCGGCAAGUCAUAUCUUGCAAAUAAUAUAGUGAGCUCUACCAUUGCCGAUGAUCCUGCACUAUAUAUAUUUAGUUCCGAUGAUUACUUCAUUACGCGUAACGGAGAGUAUUGUUAUGAUUCUCUGAGACUUCAUGAAGCACAUAUUAAUAAUCAAAAUAAGGUACGCAAUGCCAUGAAAAAAGGAAGAAGCCCAGUGAUAGUCGACAACACUAACACUCAAUCUUGGGAGAUGCAUCCUUAUGCAGAAAUGGCUGUUAAAUAUGGAUACAUCGUGGAGGUCCUUGAACCGAAUACUCCAUGGUCCCAGAAUCUAAACGAAUUAGCGAAGAAAAAUUUUCACUGUGUACCGAAGUCUAAGAUCAAACAAAUGCAAGAGAGGUACGAAAGGAAUAUAGAUGGUACGAAAUUAUUGCAAUUAUUUUCCUUGCAAUAUUCCCUCUCGUGCAUACCGCCGCAACCCAGAUUGAUCCCUCCUUUAAGUAAUCAGCAGCAGACCGUUAUCUCAGAGAAUGAUAAAACGAAGACCAAACGUAAUCGAAGACGUAAAUUUAUCGACGGUACACAAACUACAGAAGUAUCCGGUAACACGCCAAGCCCCGAAAUCGAUAAAGAGUUAAAAGAGUCACCUGUGUAUAACUUUUUUGACAAUGCAAAGUGGCUUGAAACUUCUCUCUCUCUACCUAGUGAAUCCCAAAAUUCUAAAUUCAAUGAGACUUCCAAUUCUAUGGAAAUUAAGAGCUUAUUUCAGGAUUCACUAAAAGAUGAUUUUGUUAGAAAUAUCUUUGAAAGAGAAUCUACCGCUAAGGUUGAUAACGUAAGAAUUUCAGAAGUGAAACCAAAGUUGAAUCAUACCGAUGAGAGUAAAUUAUGUUUGUCAGAUUCGACAGUGAAUCAAAUUUGGAAAAGUCGUUCGAGUGCUUCCCAUCAAAACUUGGAAACUAUUGUUUCUGAAAGAAACGGUGGCGUCUCUGGAGAAAAUAACACCCAAAAUAGUGGCACUGUUACAGAUGAGGAAGGAAUAUUAUCUUCGUCAUUGAUUUGCAAACCAACAAAUGAAGACGACCACAAUAGUAGCGCAAACUUGGAGAUACAUGACAGUGUUUUUGCUGUUGGUAUUAUUAAUGAAGAAAAAGAUAAGGUUUUUAACAAAGGGAUAUCAAGCCCCAAUCUGGAAGCACGAGUCUGGGAAAUUGAGAUUAAUCCUUUGCAAAAGUGCCAUUUUAGUGAAUUAAAAGAAGAAGACAAUCUUUUAACAAAGCAAGAUUUAGUAGAUAGUUCAAGUAGAUCUGCACAUAAAAUUCUAAGGCACAAUCCCGAAGAAAUUGAUCAUGCAUUACUUGAAAAUCUGACAGACAACGACGUCAAUGAAGAAAUGGCAAGUACAUGUCAGCUAAUACCUGCAAAGUGUUUUAACGAAAUUGAUCCUUCUGCAAAUUCACUUUCGACAAUGUUGCAACUUGAGAAAAAAGAAACGGAAUCAGCUUUCUCGAGUUCAAUCGAUGAAGUUAAAGUAAGUGAAAAUGCACUCGAAACAGUUUCCGAAAAUUGUGCUCCUAUCACACAAUUAAAUGUGACAGAAAGUACUGCAUCAGUAUUUGGUUUCGAGGAAGAAGGUGAUCUGUUGAGUGAAAUUUCUAAGGGCAGCCAGUCAAUUGAAAUUACUGAAAAUGGUAGACCUUCCGAUUCUACAGAUUUUAAUAAUUUGGACGUGUUGCAAAAAUUGGUCCUGGAUGAUUUUUUAAAAAAUACUGACAUCGACAAUGAAGAUACCAAUGAGGAAGAUAAUAUGAGUGUAUCAAAAAUAAAUUCUAUAUUGAAUAAAAAUGAUGACAACGAAGUAGUUUUAUCAUUGGGUGUCGAAGCAAAUUGCGGGUCUGAAAAUCAUUCAAGUACCUUGCACCACAACUUAGGAGCUAUCGGCUGUGAAAGAAAAAGUAGCAUUACCACCAUAGAAACAUAUGACGGUGAAAAGAACAAAUCGUGUUUAUCAUUGAAUUUGACAGUAGAUCAAGAUUGUGAAGAUUAUUCAAGCAUUUUACCCCAGAACUUAGGAGCUAUUGGUUCUGAAAGAAAAAUGAGCGUCACAAAAAUAGAAACUAAUGCAAAAAAUAACAGCAAUAUCCCAGAAGAAAAAAAUACAUUGUGUUUAUCUGUAGGCUUAGAAACAAGGAAUGAAAAAGGAGAUAAAACUGACAUCGUAGAUACAUUUGAUACAUUUCUUGCUAUCGAUAUCAUUAGCGAUGAAGAGGACAAGGUAAAAUUAGACACUCGUUCCUUGAUAUCCAGCUCUACUUCGGAAGAUCAAUUCUGGGAAUUUGAAGAUGAUUCUGUGCAAAAAUUUCCCAUCAAUGAAAUAAAUGAAAACGAUAAUCUAUCAUUGAAGCAAAAUUCAGAAGAUAGUCCAAUUGAGGUUGAACAAGAAAUAUUACAGACUAGCUUUGGAGAAAUUGAUCACUUGGAGGAUACAUUGCUGAUAACUCAUGGAAAUGACAAUAUUGAAAAAGAUUUAAUUAAAUCGAAAUCACAAGACGAGGAGGAAGAAGCAGAAGCUCAGUGCUCAAGUGCAGAGAAAGAAGUUGAAUCGAGUGAAAUUGUAAUCGAUGAAAAUUCUCAAAACUGUGCUCCUGUCAAAGAACCCGCCGCCACAGAAAAUAGCGCGUUAACCAUUGAUUCGACGCUAGAAAAUAAUGAUUUAUUAAAUAAAACUCCUGAAGGAAUUCUGUCAAUUGAACCCACAGAUCGACUAACCGAAACCACUGAGGACAAUGAUGAGCUAACCGAACCUCUUAAAGAAGAUGACUUUACUUUUGUCUUGAAGGAUAUUCCGGCUCAAGAAAUGAUGCUCUUUGAUGAGUUGAAAGAUCAGGCACUCGAUGUUAUUGAAACGACGACGUCAAUCGAUGACGUUGAUGCCAGAGUAAUUUCUCCAACGGAAGCUCGCAAAUUGACCGAAGAGAAAAAUAAUCCAUUCGAUCCGUUGCACUUCUGUGACGAAGAAGGCUCCACUGCCUCCGGUUACUCUAAAAAGCCCGAAUUUAUCGACAACAUACAUGAAAUUACGUGGAAAGAAGCGCCUUUCCCUGCUGGAGAUGUACCUAAACUGUUAUCAACAAAUAACGUCUUAGAAGAUAAGAAGAUAAUAACAUCGGAGUCUUCCACGAACACUUGUUACUAUGAUUUUAACGUGCUCUUCGUUGGUGGUACAACGGAGUCUAGCUACAAGGUAAUGGAUACCUUCAACAGAAGCAUCAAUGAAAAAUCAGUACUUGUAAGGACCGAAAAAUUGCCAUUAAAGUUUAUGCUCGACAAAAGCUCAAUGGCCAGCGAAGUGGACAUCCUGAAUAUCGAGGAGUCCUCAGCUACCGGUAGUGAUAGUGAAGUUGAAAAGUGUACUCAAGAGUUAAUGGAAAUGUUCCCACAUGUUCCGAAAGAGUAUUUAGAAGAAAUUUACAAGACGUGGUGCGGUUCAGAUUUUAAUUGGGCGGUGGAUGUUCUACUGGAAGGUGUCCCCGAUGCUGCAGAGAUAGAGUAUUUAAAGUUGAAACCUGAGAAAGUCCCCACAGAAGAGGACACUGUUUCGACGACGAAUAAAAGUUCUUCGGCCUCUUCGCAGAGUAUAAACGACAAUCCGUCACCUGGACACGUGCCGAGUUCGGGGUCGAGAAAGAAGAAAGACAGGAAAAAGAUAUCGGAGACCGAGCUGGAACUGAAGAAGGAAAUCGAGGAAAAACUUAGAAUCAAAGAGACUAGCUAUCAUCCACACAUAUUGAGAGUUAAACGAUGGAAAAACAGAGAGACCGACAUCUCUGCCGAAGAGAUAGAGCGACAGGUCGCCGACAAAGAAGUUAUAGAAUUCGCUUCGUCAAACUUAGAGGAUGAGACCUAUUCUCAAGAAUUCACUGCCAAUUUCCAGGAAGAUGGUUAUCCCUACGAGCCGUUCUACGACGGUGUGGAACUCGUAGACGAGCCUCUUACCGAGGGCUUUCUCGCUAAGCAGGACGUGGACAACGAGGUGGACUGUGAAAUUGAUACCGAGGAUACAAUCGAGCUCAAUUUAGGGCAAAAUUGUGUAAAAAUCCUGGAGACUGAGUUCGGAAAUCCCGAAUUUCAGUUCCCCGAUGGGUUACUGCCUGUUAUCCGAUUGAGGAAGUCCGUAGCCCAGGAAUUGUAUGCACUCUGGAUAGAGAGUAUCCAACAACAACUGACCGCUCAGCAAGAACAGAUCGACCUAAUGAUCGCCAAAGAUGCUGAGUAUGCUAAAUCCCUUGAACAAGAAGAAGCCAGUGCUCUCCCUGAGGUAGUAGUUCCUAAGUUGGACGAAGUGAUGGAUAUGGAAAUGGCCCUCGCAAUUUACAAUAAUGAUCUGAAAGAACAAGUGAAGAGAGAAACCCCCAACGACAUGGCAUCGCGACUGACUCGAAAGAUGUUGCACGAAAUGUUCUCUGAAUAUAAUCCGAACACGCUGAACGAAAUAUUAGCUGCUCAUGAUGGAAAUUUCAAGGAAACCGUGGAAAUCCUGGAAAUCAGCACAGGAAAAUCAUUCAGUAAUGCAGAUGCUUUAAAAAAGCAAAUGAACUUGAUGGACGAAGUCAAGCAGAACACCAGUACACCUACAAACCAAAGCACUGCCACGUCAACGGUGACUCCCAUAAUCGUCGUUAAUCCGGAUUUAAAUUAUUCGAAUAAUAAAUCUGACAGGUUGGCAUAUAAAUCAUCCUUGCAGAAGGCGUAUCUCGCAAGACAGGAAGUACUGAGACAACUGUCAUUGCGCAAUGAGAACUUGAAUAAAGCCACACAGGCCUACCGAAAGGGAAACCCUAACGUUGCGGCGUAUUAUUCCGAAAUGGCAAAACUGCAUACUAAGAAUAUAGAGACGGCGAAUGCUACUGCAGCCGCUGCUUUCUUGGCCGCUCAAGGAUUCAGUUCAAACGAGGCAAACACUCUGGAUUUGCAUUACUUGUUCGUUCCUGAAGCCUUAGAGGCCCUGGAUCAGUUUCUCGAUAAUCACGUGGAAAUACUUAGUAAAAGCAAUAAAAGAUCGAUAGAUUUAUACAUUGUAACUGGCCGAGGUGCUCGAAGCAAUAACGGCGUAAGCAGGAUUAAGCCGGCUGUCUCCAAGCGCCUUGCUGCAAGAAAAAUUCGUUUUAUGGAUGCCAAUCCAGGAUGUUUGAAAGUUAUCCUCAACAGAAGGAACAACACUCUGGACUGAAGUCAUGGUAAUGAUACAUUAUAUUAUUUACAAAAAUAUGAUAUCAGUGAGGGAUUUAGAUCGCGAGGUCUGCCCCAUUGUUCCUCAGGUUCAUAAUGAGUGAACGUGCUAUGAGGGAAUGAUGAUCACAAUGACAUUGUGAAAUUACUUCAUUCUAACGAGAAAUUAUUUUCAUACGUUUUGUCCCGCCGAGGGACAAAGAGAGGCGCUCCUUAAUGUCGGCGCUAUUUAAGUUUCAUACUUUACUUGCUAACAUACUUCUUUUAGUUUUAUACAAACGUCCUGUUGAAAGGAUAAAAUGCAAGCAAUUAUGGGUCUGAAACGACUACAGUAACAGAGUCUAGUAGCAUCUAACUACUGCUUUCAAGUUCAUUUUCAAUGAAUUUGAUAAAGAAAUCUUUAUACCACUUCGUGAUUUAAGGUAUAUCGUCAAUUAUACAUAAUACACGGCUCGAUUUUUUUUUUUACGAAAUACAAUGUUUUAACGGACUCAAUGCAAUAUUCGACACAUUCGAAGUCGAGGAUGAGGACUGUUUUUGUUACGUCCAUCAUUCGUUGUUUUAACGAUUCAUUUUGCUUCUGUGGUACGAAUUUCAGAAAUCGCGUAUGUAAUUUUCCAGGUAAUAUGGGAGAAAAAAGAUUUUAUCGUUAGUCGUUUGAAUAUCCUAUUUUUUAGUGUACGUAGCAAGCAUUGUUUCGUAGGUACGAAUUCAGUGAAGGAUGUCGUAUUUACUGUAUUAUUACUUUCCUUUAAAUAUAGUGAAAAAAACUUAAAA